GACAAAUAAAACAGCACUCAGAAUCAGAGAAAUUUCUCAUCACAGCUACAUCAUUUCUCACUUUCAGACAGUCCGAGAUCGAUGGCGGCGGAGACGGCAGCAUUCACAGCGGUCGUCGCUCUCCUAAUCACGGCGGUGGUAUCUCAAACUCCUCCGACGAUUUAUACUAAUCACACAGUCGGCGGCCCUGCAGGUUGGUUCUUCAACGCUACCAACAACAUUUCCACUACCAAUUACUCCUCAUGGGCCGCGUCGCAGACUUUCAACCUCGGCGACCUUCUGAUCUUCAGAACGAAUUCGAAUCAGACCGUGAUCCAGACCUACAACUUGACGACAUUCAAGAGCUGCUCCUUCGACGACGCCUCCGACAACGACACAGUUCAGUACAACGGCGGCGAAUCCGACUUUAACAAACCAUUGAUCAUUCCAGUGCCGUUGACCAUCAAAGGCCCGAACUACUUCUUCUCCGACGCCGACGAUGGAGUUCAAUGCCAACGAGGUAUGGCCUUCGAGAUCCAGGUGAAUACCGGCCUCGGCUUGCCGCCGAGCUUGAAUCAGCCGCCUCCGCCUCCAUACGCGACGCCGCCGAGUCCCGAUUCGGCUCAAACGCCUCCGUUGACGAUUCCUCAGACGAAGGACAAUGGCGGCUUCAAAAGCGUCGCUAACUUCCGCCGAGAUUUCCUCUUGAUGGCGGUGAUGGCGUUGCUGCUGCUCUGGUAGAUGAAGGAGGUCAGAUUCGAGAAUACAGGUUUCCCUCUUUGUCCUUUGUAUGGCAGUUUUGUAAUUUUGAUGGUGUUUGGUAGAGAUUGAUUUCUGAACUUUGUUUGGUUAUACCUCUAUACUUCAUUAAUGUCAUCAGAAUCAGCGACGACGUCUGAUAUAUUACAGAGAUUGAAUUGAAAUUAUUUUGAUCAAAGAAGAACUCCUCUCAUCUUCAA